AUGGUGACGCUGGGCAGUGUCACACCGGGGGACGCGGGCUGGUACUCCUGUGAGGUGAGGACAAGCCUGUGGUUCAGCCUCUGGCACAACACCAAGGUGAUGGUCUCCACAGCUGUUUCAACCACAACCGAGGGCAGCAACGUCAACCUGUUGGCCAGCAACCCCCUGUGCCCCACGGGCUGUGGAGAGCCUCCAGUGCUGUCCCAGUUCGGUGUCACCCCCCUGCUGCUCUUGCUCGGCGUGAAGGUGCCCGUGGCGGUGGCCCUGGCGUGUGGGGCUGCCUGGGGAUUCGUGGGGGGGUCCCUCUCGGUGAGCUGCACGUACCGGGCCGGCCAUGAGACAAAGCCGAAAUUCUGGUGCUCUCUGGGAAUACUUGUCACCUGUGCUGAUGACAUCGUCAUCACCUCGGAGCUGCACCCCGAGGUGCAGCAGGGCCGGUUCUCCAUCCGGGACAAUCGCACACGGCGGAUGUUCACGGUGACCAUCAAGGACCUGGCCGAGACAGACGAAGGCGUCUACCGCUGCGGGGUGCGAACGGGCAAACUCAGUUUUGACGACAGUGCUGAAGUGGAGGUGCUCGUGUUCCCAGGUCAGUACCUGUGGGUCCCCCGGGUGCAGUGGUGGUGUGUCCCCCCCUCCAAGGUCUGGGAGCUGGGGCUGCAGGGAGGGGUGGCCUGGAGGAGCUUGGACACGGUUGAGCACAUCCUCACUCCAGGCAUCGUCGUGGUUCUUCUUUUGCUGGCAGUUGCUGCUGGCGUCUUGAUAGCGCUGUCCAGGAAAAGGAAGAAGGCCCUCCCCGAAGCAGCUGUGGAGAUGGCCAGGACCCGCAGCACGUCGCACGCAGGAUCGGACGCCUUGGUCUACGCGGACAUCAGGCACCCCGGGCGCAGAGCCGAGGCUUCCCGCUGCGUGGCCAACACCGCGGCCGAAUACAUGGAGGUGAAGCGGAGAGAUAAGCAUUUGGAAGGGGAAAAAGAGGCCACACGUGCUGGCGUGCAGAAGUCCAUGCUGGAGCAGCAGGAGAUCUAUGCCAACGUGCCGUCAGCCCCCCGGCCCACAGAAGAGCCCCACAGCAGCACAGUGCAGGGGGUGUGA